AUGUUAAGAAGAAGAGUGGGGAUAAGCAUAUUAGAUUGUGACUUUAUCAGGCUAGAGGAGGAGCUGAGAGGUCUGAAGGCAAACGGGGUCAGUAACAUUCACCUGGAUGUUAUGGACACAACCUUUGUUAACAACAUCACCUUUGGACCAUGUGUAAUCAAUAAGAUUCUUGAGCAUAAUUUCGUGUUUGACAUACACAUGAUGGUUGAGUCUCCGCUAAAUAUCAUCAUGCAAAUAAACUUGGAGAAGGUGUCUUUGGUGACGAUUCAUCAUGAAAUAAGCAACAAAGCAGGUGUUAGGGAAUAUCUCCGGCAGAAGGGUGUAUUGUUUGGGAUUGCCAUCAAUCCGGAGACCCAAGUAGAAGAGGUAGAGGUUGAGGAUGUAGAUUUUAUUCUUGUAAUGAGUGUCAAGCCAGGGUUUGGAGGACAGAAGUUCCAGGAGAGCUGCUUGGCAAAGAUAGAAGAGAUUCGGAGACAUGGGAAGAUGGUUGGUAUUGAUGGGGGAAUAGGAAUGGGGAAUAUUGAUAAGGUUACGGGGGCUGACUAUAUUAUAGUAGGAUCUGGAUAUUUUCGAUCUGAAGACAGGAAGAGAUUUCUUUGCAGCAUCACAGAGAGGUUUCUAGGUGAGGCUUGCUCGGAGGGAGAUUCUUUUUUACGGAGCCCUUAG